CCAACACUGAAAGCAGCCAAUGUCAAAGGAAAAGGCGCAAAAGCUGCGUUCCGUCUGAUUCUCACUCUCUGAGUUUUCUCUAAUUUCACUGAUUUUCCGGCGUAUAAUUUUCAUCUGCAGGUGCAGAGAGCAGCAAGGAUGAGUGUUCCACAAUUGACAACUGGAGCCAUAAAGAGGCUCACCGAGGGUUCUCAGGAGAAGCCCAUUCUCCAGAUGCUGGGCAAGAAGCAGAUCUCUCAGAAUGACAGCGAGCGGUAUCGGCUGUUGAUCUCAGACGGCGUUCAUGUGCACAGCUUCGCCAUACUCAACACGCAGUUGAAUUACUUGAUUCACGAUGGCUCACUGUGCGACUACACAGUCUUCCGUCUGCAGAGCUACAGCACGUCCAAGAUCAACAAGGAAGGCACAAGUGAUAGACACGUAAUUGUCAUGGCAGGCGUUGAUGUUCUCAUGUCGGGCGAUCAAGUGGGCGAGAGAAUCGGAACUCCAGUGAAUUUGGAUCAAAAGGGCAGCAACAGCAGCGCAAUGGGAGCGACUUCCUCAACUCCAGCGUCCUCCGGACGGCCCCAGAACUCCCCUCGCGUAAGUGUGCAGCGCGGCAACGCCGGUGAUUCGGGUGAUUUGCGGAAUUCCGCCGUCAAUCCGAUCUGCAGUCUCACGCCGUACGUGAACAAGUGGGUGAUCAAGGCGCGCGUGGUGCAGAAGGCCAGUAUUCGCACGUGGAAAAACGACAGGGGCGAAGGGAAGCUGUUCAGCUUCGAGGUGGUGGACGAGAGCGGCGAGAUCCGCGCCACGGCGUUCAGGGAGCAAGUGGACAAGUUCUACGACAUGCUUCAGGUGGACAAGGUGUACUUGAUCAGCAGGUGCACGAUGAAGCCGGCGGACAAGCGCUUCAACACCACCAAGAACGACUACGAGCUGACGCUGAACAGCGACACGGUGAUCCAGGAGUGUCCGGACGACAUGAACACGCCCAAGGUGCAGUACAACUUCGUGCCGAUCUCGCAGAUUGUCAACCUGGAGGCGAACAGCAUGAUCGACGUGAUCGGCGUGUGCAGCAACGCCGGCGAGAUGGUUCAGUUCACGGCGCGCUCGAGCGGACGAGAGCUGCGCAAGCGCGACCUGACGCUCGUGGACCAGAGCAAGGCCAGCGUGAUCCUCACGCUGUGGGGCGACGACGCGGAGUCCUUCGAAGCCACGUACCAGCCGGUGGUGUGCAUCAAGGGCUGCCGCGUGACGGAGUUCGGCGGCGGCAAGACUGUGUCGCUGAUCGGCAACAGCAUGAUGAAGUUGAAUCCGGACAUCCCGGAGGGACACCGCGUGCGCGGGUGGUUCGACAACGGCGGCAGCGACGAGGUCAGCACGAACGUGUCCACGCGCAUCGGCGGCGCGGCCGGCAUCAAGACGGAGUGGGUGACGUUCCACGAGGCGAAGGUGCGGAGCCUGGGCAUGGGCGACGCGCCCGACUACUUCCAGACCAAGGCCAUCGUGCAUCUCGUGCGCAUGAGCAGCGCCGUGUACAAGUCCUGUCCGCAGGGUGAUUGUAACAAGAAGGUCGUGGACCAGGACGACGGCACGUACAGAUGCGAGAAGUGCAACACGUCCUACGCCAACUUCAAGUAUCGCUUCCUCGUGUCGAUGAGCAUCGGCGACUGGACGUCGAAUCGCUGGGUGACGUGCUUCAACGAAGUGGCCGAGCAGAUAAUCGGCAGGAGCGCCCAGGAGGUUGGAGAGCUGCUCAGCAUGAAUCCCGAUGAAGCCGAAACUGUGCUGUCUGGCAUUCAUUUCAAGAGCUUCAUCUUCAAACUGCGCAUCAAGAUGGAACAUUUUGGCGACACGAGCCGCAACAAGAUCACCGUUGUCGCUGCGACGCCAGUGAACCACAAGGACUACAAUGAGUAUCUGAUCAAUAAUCUCUCCAAUCUCACGGGAAUUGCCACAAAUUAAGAAACUUCUCCAGUC